AUGUUUACAGAGGGUGAGAUUGAUGACUGUCAGUUCCCACUUCCAGGGUUCCGAUUCCACCCUACCGAUGAAGAACUCGUCGGUUUUUAUCUCCGGCGAAAGGUGGAUAAGAAGGCCAUCGGCACUGAGCUCAUCAAGUCCACUGAUAUCUAUAAGCAUAGCCCUUGGGAUCUUCCUAAUAGUGGCAACAAUUUGGGAGACAAGGAGUGGUACUUCUUUUGCAAAAGAGCAAGAAAAUACAAGAACAGCAUAAGACCAAAUAGGGUUACAGGUUCAGGGUUUUGGAAAGCAACUGGAAUUGACAAGGUGAUUUGCUCUCAUGGAGGACAAGGAAAUCGCUGCAUUGGCCUCAAGAAAACCCUUGUCUAUUACAAAGGAAACGCAGGCAGAGGCACCAAAACUGAGUGGAUGAUGCAUGAAUUCCGCCUCCCUUCCCACACUCUUAAUACUCCUCCUUCCAUCUUUGCAAGAAUCAGAAACAAUCUUCAAGAAGCUGAAAUUUGGACGUUGUGUCGAAUAUUUCAGCGAAGCGUUUCGAGUACGAAAUAUGCACCAAAUUGUAGGAAGAUUGCAGCUGGGAAUGAUGGUUCAAUCAAUAUGAAUUCAAAUGAUAAUUCAUUUUAUAGUCAAGAUCAGUGCUAUGAUGGAGAUAGCAAUUACAUUAGUUUCGGCUCUUCCUUCAUUAAUUUUGAGGAGAAGAAGCCUUUAAUUACUGAUCAUCCAUUGAUGAUGAAUUUUAGCUCCAUCUCUGAAGAACGAGAACGAGAACGAGAACGAGAACGAGAACGAGAACGAGAACGAGAUCCUUGUUCUUCUAUAAUCCAAUCGCCGCCAUCGAGCUUCUCUAAUUUUGAUGGGGAUGCUACUGAUCAUCUGUUUGGAUACAAUCAAUUACUUAAUCAAUGA